AUGACAUUAAAUGCUAAGACAGAGGAUAGUGACUUCUUCGCCAUUAAGUGUUCCGUGAGCAGUUCGGGUCUCGUGCAAUGUACUCCUGGAGUGUUUCAUGAGGUCACGUGUAUUUCUAGGCUUGGGAAGAGACAAGCAGAAGAUAUCGCAGCAAUCCUCCUUGGACCGUGCUUCGUACUCACUAUUCUCACUAUUAGCUCCCUCCUCCUGGAUAUCACUGACAGCCUCCGAGUGGGAAUCAUAUCCUUGAGUAUUAUUGGCCAUUUCUUUCUUAUCCAGACUCUCAACUCUCUGAUACCGCAGCAUAGCGCCGAAACCCCCACAUGGAUGUAG